GUUCUCCACAACAAAACACACACAAAUUGUAUCAGCAUUCAGAUUUUUGGUCUUCAAUGGCAGCAGCUCAAGUUGCUGAAAUUGAAGAUUUGAUCAAGUAGUAGCUGGAUCUAGAACUGCAAAAAGGGUGAUUUAGUAGUGUUCAUAAUUUCAUUCAACUCUAUUAUGGAUGGUCUCAAUUGGGAUGAUGCAACUUCACAAAUUGCAAGAAAUAACACACCAAUCUUAUGGAGCAAACAACAACAAAGUCAAGAAAUAAUUCUUACAUACCCAAAUUCAGAACAUUUGAUUAAUUAUCAGCAGCAAGAUGCAGCAACAGUAGUGAAAUCUUCAGCCAUAAUGUCACUAUCAGAAAAUGGACCUUACAACAUGGAUAAUUAUUACCAGAUAAGUGGUAAGUACAUGACAGAUUUCAACAUGGCCCAACACCACCAACAACAUGAUCAUCAUCAUCAUUGCUUGAUUUCAUCAGCUACAAAUAGCAACACUAAUGAUGAUGAUAAUGAUGGGAUUUCAAAGAUCUUGUUAUCUGAUGAUGAUUGCAAAAACUACUUGUGGAACUUGAGUAGUUCCACUACUGAUGCUGCUUCCUCUGCUGAAUCUGAAAGCAACAACAAUAAUAAUGAUGCUUCUACUAUGCUUCCAUGCUCUCAUCAAAACUCCUCAGAUCAUCAACAAUACAUCAACCAAGGAGGACAAUUCAAUCCUAUUAUUAUCACUAAUAAGGAUCAAUCACCAAUUAUCAAGAUAGAGAAUCCACCAAGAUCCAAGAAACCCAGAUGGGAAAAGACUCCAUUUUCAUCAACAAUAAGUUUCCAAAUCCCAAAUGAAGCAUCAGCAACAAUGUCAUCAACUUCAACCACUGAAGAAGAAGCUGAUCCAGAGGCCAUAGCACAAAUGAAGGAAAUGAUAUACAGAGCAGCAGCAUUCAGGCCAGUGAACUUGUUAGACUCAGAUGAAGUGAUUGAGAAGCCAAAGAGGAAGAAUGUGAGGGUUUCAAGUGAUCCACAAACUGUGGCUGCAAGGCAAAGAAGAGAGAAAAUAAGCCAAAAAAUCAGGGUUUUGCAGAAGAUUGUUCCUGGUGGAACCAAAAUGGACACUGCAUCAAUGCUUGAUGAAGCUGCAAAUUAUCUUAAGUUUUUAAGGUCACAGGUUAAGGCACUUGAAAAUUUAGGGAACAACACUACUAAAGUUGAAGCAAUGGAUUAUAAUAAUUAUAAUAGUUUUGUAUUCUCUUUCAACCCUUCCUUCCAUUCUCAAAUUCAUUUUUGA